AUGAAGCGCUCGCGCGACGACUCUGCCGCCGGAGGGAAGCCAGCGGAUUCCUCCACCGGAAAGCAUAAACGUCCAAAGAGCAGUCAGGCAUGCGCCUCUUGUCGCAAACACAAGACGCGCUGCGAGCUCCUAGAUGCACACUCCUCCUCAACUGCACCUCUACGCCUUAGAUGCCAUAGAUGUGAUGUCCUCGCCAUACCAUGCUCCUUCGAGAAGGAUAUCAUCAAUCCUUCUGCGUCUGGUAUGACAGACUUGCGAACUUAUUCACCCCCUCCUGGAGCAUCGACUUUGGGAGAGUUAAUCCUCGACUCCAUGCCUUCGGUGAAAGAGUCCUGUUCGGCGAACGGUGAUUCGUAUUCUCCCUGGAGUUUCGUUGAGGUCGAAGGUAUACCAGACUGGACCGCCGUCCCGAUGCUGGCUAUGAGUCAACUCGCAAAACAGCAAAGUCCCACGCCACCGUCGAUAAACCUGGGACCGUCUCUCAGUAUAGAGACUGUAAUUUCCUCAGAACAGAAAGAACAUCUGCUAGCAUUUUUCGAGACACAUUACGCUCCGUGGCUUGCGUUACCACCGCAUUCUCUUCGUGAUGACGGGAUCCUCGAUCUCGUACGUUGCACCGUCGCUAGCCGGCAUAUGGACCCAAUUACACGUUCAACGGUCGCACCAGGACUACGCCGGUUGACCGAGGAAUCCAUGAUGCAGCACGUAUUCAACUCUACUCCUGCGCUGGCCACGAUUCGGGCUUUCAUGAUACUGGCAUUGUGGCCUAGUGUCACCGACUCACACGACAGCCGUCUAAUCGCGGCCGCGGCUGUCAACAUGUGUUCAUCACUUGGCAUAGACAAGGCGACACGAAUCGUAGAGCAAUUCAACGCACGCAAAGCCACAGGUGAAGAGUUAUCGCACGCAGAUCUUAUUGAACUUGCAGAUGCCGAGGAAAAGGAACGGCUGUGGGUUUCCCUACAUAAUAUCGAAUCUCUAGUUUGUCUUGGCACAGGUCGAGCGGUUUCUUCCAAGCUGGCCACAAAAGUCGAGAACCGAAAGCUUCCAAUAAACGCCUUCACCACGGUAGCUCAAGCCCGAGACUGCAGGCUCGGUCAGCAGGCUCGGCUACUUGACUUCUUGGACGCUGGUCUCCAGAUACACAUGCCUGAUCAGCUCAACCAAUCGGAUCGAUAUUUUCGAGAUGUCGCCGAGAUCCUGUUUCGUUUGGACGGCUUACAUAGACAAGUACGCUCAUUACCAGUCGUUACGUCCUACGAACCAUUCUAUUUCCAUAUGUUGGUUGCAUCAUACUACUUCUGUCGAGUGCUCUUCCUCAUGCACACACUGCACGGUCUACGUGCCACAUUCCCCUCUCAACUCGACGUCGUCGAUCAUCUGCGAUUAAAGCGAAACGGCACGAACUUCGCUCUGAACGGUGCUCGCGACGCCCUCACCUCAGCCGAGGCUCUCCUCGUCACUAUUCUCUCACUUCCUGACGAUAGCAUGCUAUCCACUGCCCCAGACUCCUUCUACGGGAUGAUCUCCUUCGCCUCUGCUCUUAUAAUCGCCCUCAAGUUCAUCAUGCUACAUCUUCGAGACGUACGACAGAUCCCAGGCGCGACAAAUCAGCUUCUCGCCAAGACUGUCGAGCGUCUGAUGCAAGUCGCACUCUUCCCCGACCACCAUGCCAUGAGAUGUGCGAGGGUCAUCCAGGGGUUCAUAGGGAAGUGGGAUGAUCAUAUGGCGAAGAUGGAUGGCCGACACGCCAGCAAUAGCACCACCGUUCCUUCUUCACCCGAGAAACAACAAAACGAACAUCCUAUUGUGCCCAGCCAGGCUCAGUCGCCAGCUUCGUCCUCGACCACGCCAGCUCAACUGCCGCAAGCAUUCCUUGCCCCCUCGCUUCUUGGACCGCAGAUGGGGUCAGAAUUUCUUCCGAGUUUCGAUGACUUCGAUUUUCUGCAGACGAAUGCCGAUGGGCGAGGACUUGGGAUGGACUUUUGGCAGUACUUUGCGGACAACCCGCAAGUUCCCAUCAUGCAGACUUCGCCUUCACCUUACAACCACCACCAACAGCACCAUCCGAGCCAGUAA